CGCGGGCCGGGCCCGGGCUGCAGCGGGGGCGGCGGCGGCGCGACCCCGGCGUCCCGUCCCCGGCGCCCGUCCAUGCACCGGCUCCUGGAGCACUCGGCGGACAUGGCGACGGCGCUGCUGGCGGGCGAGAAGCUGCGCGAGCUGAUCCUGCCGGGCGCGCAGGACGACAAGGCGGGCGCGCUGGCAGCGCUGCUGCUGCAGCUCAAGCUCGAGCUGCCCUUCGACCGCGUGGUCACCAUCGGCACCGUGCUCGUCCCCAUCCUGCUGGUCACCCUGGUCUUCACCAAGAACUUCGCAGAGGAACCCAUUUACUGUUACACCCCGCACAACUUCACACGCGACCAGGCGCUGUACGCCCGCGGCUACUGCUGGACGGAGCUGCGGGACGCGCUGCCCGGCGUGGACGCCAGCCUGUGGCCGUCGCUGUUCGAGCACAAGUUCCUGCCCUACGCGCUGCUGGCCUUCGCCGCCGUCAUGUACGUGCCCGCGCUGGGCUGGGAGUUCCUGGCGUCCACGCGCCUCACCUCGGAGCUCAGCUUCCUGCUGCAGGAGAUCGACAACUGCUACCACCGCGCGGCCGAGGGCCGGGCGCCCAAGAUCGAGAAGCAGAUCCAGUCCAAGGGCCCCGGCAUCACGGAGCGCGAGCGGCGCGAGAUCAUCGAGAACGCCGAGAAGGACAAGAGCCCCGAGCAGAACCUGUUCGAGAAGUACCUGGAGCGGCGCGGCCGCAGCAACUUCCUGGCCAAGCUGUACCUGGCGCGGCACGUGCUCAUCCUGCUGCUCAGCGCGCUGCCCAUCUCCUACCUGUGCACCUACUACGCCACGCAGACGCAGAACGAGUUCACGUGCGCGCUGGGCGCGGCGCCCGACGGCGCGGGCCGGGCCGUGCGCGUCCCCUGCAAGCUGCCGGCCGUGCAGCUGCAGCGCAUCGUGGCGGGCGUGGACAUCGUGCUGCUGUGCGUCAUGAACCUCGUCAUCCUGCUCAACCUCGUGCACCUCUUCAUCUUCCGCAAGAGCAACUUCGUCUUCGACAAGCUGCACAAGGUGGGCAUCAAGACGCGCCGGCAGUGGCGCCGCUCGCAGUUCUGCGACAUCAACAUCCUGGCCAUGUUCUGCGACGAGAACCGCGACCACAUCAAGUCGCUCAACCGGCUGGACUUCAUCACCAACGAGAGCGACCUCAUGUACGACAACGUGGUGCGCCAGCUGCUGGCGGCGCUGGCGCAGUCCAACCACGACGCCACGCCCACCGUGCGCGACUCGGGCGUGCAGACCGGGGACCCGAGCGCCAGCCCGGCCGAGCCGCCCGUGGUGAAGCGGCCGCGCAGGAAGAUCAAGUGGAUCCCCACGGCCAACGCGCUGCCGCCGCCCUUCCGGGAGCAGCCGGCGCCCGCGCGCGCCGACCCGGGCAAGGCCGACAAGCCCAAGCCUGCGCGCAGGAAGGCGGCCCCCGACGCGCUCGUCGCGCCGCUGCUGGACGCGGGCGCGCGCCACGCGGGCCCCGCCGCCGACAAGAAGCACGCGCGCCACUUCUCGCUGGACGUGCACCCCUACAUCCUGGGCUCCAGGAAGGCCAAGGCCGGGCCCCAGCCCGCCGCGCUGCCCGCCUCCCGCAGCCAGGACGGCGGCUUCCUGGCCCCGGCCGCGGCCGCCCCCGAAGAUACUCCUCUCCCAGAGAAGGAAAGCUUGUACCCGGCAGAGCCCACCCUGGCAGGGCUUCCUUCUGGGGGGCCGUUUCACGUCUGCUCGCCCCCUGCCGUCUCCGCCGUGGCCCCCCUGUCGCCAGCCAGCCUGGGCAAGGUGGACCCCCUCGCCAUCCUGAGCCGAAACGCCACUCACCCCCUGCUCCACAUCAACACGCUGUAUGAGGCCCGGGAGGAGGAGGAAGGGGGUCCCCGCGUGCCCCCGGACAUGGGCGACCUCAUCGCCAUACCCCCCCCACAGCAGAUCCUCAUUGCCACCUUCGACGAGCCGCGAACGGUUGUGAGUACUGUGGAGUUUUGAGGGAACGGGACUUCCCAGGCCGCCAAAAGCCGUGGUGCAUGACGUGGUGUGGCCCAGCCGGCGGCCUCCUGGCUGACCCCAGCGCCAUGCUACGCGGCCUCUGCUUUGCUCGGCCCUGCCCACAUCCCCCCAGCCUCCUGUCCCCAUGCCAAGGGGCUCGGCACCUCUACCACCCGUUCGACAGGGGAGCCCGGUCCCCAAUGGCAUCGUCCUGGCACUGAUGGGGGCUGGGUCAGGCAGGGGCCCCAGGAGAGCCAACCCCCACCCCCUGCAUCGGGCACUCGGCUAUGCCUGCUGGCCUGUGGAGGAAGAGUUUAUUUUUUUAUUCAAUUUUGUCCUGGGCAGGACAACCCAGCUCUCCCAGCCCAGAGCAAGGAGGAGGCUGGGGAUGGUGGCACCUGCUGGGACAGGCCAUGCCACUGGCCUUGUGCUCAGGGGUGCGCUCCCUGCAGGGACCUGAUGUCCUCAGGUGGGAGGGGAUGAGGUCGCCCUCAGGUCAGAGAUCAACAUGCACUUUCUCCUUGUAGCCUGACAUACAUUUUAUUUUACUAUGAUUACUGUGACUAACGACCAUAUUUAUCAUCAGGAGACUUUGGAUGAGUCUAAAACAAGAUAGUGUGUAAGUGUGUGUGAGCAGAGGUGGGCGUGAGCGUGGGCAAGAGGGUGCACGCAUGCGAGGGUGUGAGAGCAAACGUGAAUGUGCACGUGCCUGAGUGAGCAUGUGCAUGCGAGUGUGUGAGUGCAUGUGAGCACGAGUGCUCUGUGCCAGUGUCCAGGCAAGUAUGAGCACAGGCACAGGGCGAGUGAGCAUGUGUGAGCCCAGGCAUGGACACCAGUGUGCAAGCAAGGGAAGGAGUCUGACGCAAUAACCAUGUCCCCCACCCGGGCCCCAGCUGCAGGCCGAGAUCCCACACUGCUUCCGUGGGCGCCCAGGCCGUGUGCUGGACCCGCCCCUAUUACCUCAGCCCCGCGGCCACGUGAUGCAGUAUUAACAAGGUAGCACUGAGCAUAUCAAUAAAUAUUAUUCUGAUAA